AUGGGGUUGAAGAAGGGCUCUGUUGCUGCUGCUGAUGCAGCAGCAGACACACAGCAGCAGCAGCAGCAGCUGCAGCUGCAGCAGCAGGACAUCUUGGGUUGCAGCGGUGCGGGAAGCUUGCAAAGCAUCAGCGACACAAUCGACUUGCCCAGCAGCAGCAGCAGCAGCAGCAGCAAUUGCUGCUGCAGCAGCAGCAGCAGGCUGUGGUGGUGCGCAGCAGCACUGGGGCUUCUUGCUGUUGCUGCUGGCUUUGCUGUUUGUGUAGCAGCAGCAGCACUGCAGCAGCUGCAGCAGCACUUUUCCCUCUGCGGCUCUCAUUUUGCAUGCGCUGAAAAAGGGGCUUUUGUUGCAGUUCUAGCCCCAGGAGCAGCAGCGGGGAGCCUCUUUGGGGGUUUUGUGGCGGACACUGUGGGCCGCUGGCGUUCUCUUCUGUGGAGCUCUUUGGGGCUUUUGUUGGCCACAGCUCUCACAGUUUUGCCCAGCGACUACUCCCUGGUGCUGCUGGGCCGUGCGCUGCAAGGGGUGUUUAUGGCGGUGGGGUUGGUCUCGAGUUUCACUUUUGCUGCUGAAGUGGCUCCCAAGGAUUUGCGGGGUUGUUUUGUGGCGCUGCAGGAAGUGCUGCACUGCAUAGGCUGCUUUCUGCCCUACUUUGUUGCCUGGGCUUUCCCGGAGUUGCAGUGGAGAGGACUUGUGGGCAUUGCAGGAUUAUUUGUUUCGAUGAUGAUACUGUGCAUGCCCUUCCUGCCGGAAAGCCCUCGCUAUUUGCUGCUGCGCCACAAAGCAGCAGCAGCAGAAAGGGCAAUGGUGCGUUUGGGGUAUUCGGAGCAGCAGCGGCAGCAGCUGCUGCAGAGUGUGCAGCAGCAGCAGCAGCAGCAGCAGCAGCAGCAGCAGCAGCAGCAGCAGCAGCAGCAGCUGCAGCAGCAGGACACCGAGGACUUGGAGACGGAAGCAGCCUUGCCGCUGCCCCCUUCGGUGCCGGCCGCAGCCCCCUCCCCAGCAGCAACAGCAGCAGCAGCAGCAGCAGCAGCAGCAGCAAAGCCAAAGAGGGCCCGUCCCGCGUGGCUGGCGCUGCUGCUGGCUGGGGCUUUGGGGUGCAUGCACAGCUUGCUAGCAGCAAAUAGUCUCAUUGUUUUAACUUCUGAUUUGCUGCUGAUUUUUGGGGUUUGCGACAACAAAGGGCCUGCCGCUGCAGUCAGCAUGGCCAAGCUGCUGGGGGCUAUUGUCUGUUUGUUAAUUGCUGAUCGUGUGGGCCGCCGCGUGCUGCUGUUGGUGGGAGCUGGCGGCAUUUGUUUGACGCAUUUGGCCUUAGCUGGGCUUGGCUUUAUGCGGCGCCAGCUGCUGCCGGAGAGUUUGCUGCAGCAGUGCACAGCUCCUGCUGCUGCUGCUGCUGCUGCUUAUACGCCGAAGGAGCUUUUUGCUGCAGCAGCUACUAGCGCCUGCAGCAGCUUCUUGCUGCUGCUGAUGAUUCUUAUGUGGGGCGCUACCUGGGCCUGCAUGGCCACAGUUGUUGCUGCAGAGCUUUCCCCGCCGCGCCACCGCGCCUUAGGGGUUGGAAUCGCUGGAGCAGCAGGUUCUGUUUUAGCAGCAGUUUUCCAGCUUUAUGGAGAGCCUUUGUUGGUUUAUAUUGGCAUUGAUAUCAGCUUCCUCAUCUUUGCUGCUCUCUCAGCUUCAGUUUUUAUUUUUACAUUUUUUUUGGUGCCGGAGCUUAAAGGAAAAGAAUUGCAUUCUGCGCCUGCCAGGGUUCUCGCGGAGGCUUUGCUGCUGGAAGUGGGCGCCGAGAUGGGCCGGACUGAGGAGGAUAUGCGGCCAUUCAUUCGCAAGAUUGUAGAGGAAAACUGGCUGGAGACAAGAGAGAGCUUGGCAGCUCUCAGCAACGAGCAGUGGAAGCAGCUGGGAAUUCCUCUUCGUUUGGAAACAGCUCUAAGGGCCCGCCUAAACCCUGCUGCUGCUGCUGCUGCUCCUGCUGCUGCUCCUGCUGCUGCUGCUGCUGAAGGCAGCAGCCAGCGUGCAGCAGCAGCGCCGCAAGAGGAAAGGCCACAGUCAGAGAGCUCGGGCACUCCCCGGGUGCUGUCCCUUCCCGCCCAGCAGCAGCAGCAGCAGCAGCAGCAGUUGCUGCUGCAGCAAGAGUUUACAGUCGAGAAAGGGGAAGCUCCUGAGGCCCUUUUUGCUUGUUCUAUUGAAGACGCAUUAGAUUUGCUGCAAAGAAAAACAGGAGGGGGCGGCGAGCCUCCCCCCCUAAAUCCUCAAGUGUUUACUCUAGAGCAAAUGCGGCAACUCGACAAGCAGCAGCAGCAGCAGCAGCAGCAGCAGCAACAGCAACAGCAAGAUGACUGGAGCGACGUGGGCCACGCAGCUCUGACCCCCGCUGAGCUUAUGCGCAUCAAAGACGCUCUGGGAGAAGGCCCUUCGUUUCAGUCUCGGGCAAAGCAGCAGCUGCUGCUGCUGCAGAAGCGAAAAGUGUUUAGGGUUUGCUGCGUGCGGCUGCUGCUGCCAGACCUCUUCGUGCUGCAGCUGCAGUUUGCCCCUUCGCAAACCCUCAGACACGUGCGAGACACGGCUGCCCAGGCUUGGGAGUUUGGGGUUGAGGGUUGGGGAGGGCCUGCUGCUGCUUCUGCUGCUGCUGCUGCUAUUCUGCUGAUGCUCCGUUGCUGCUGCUGCUUCGGCCGCUUAAGUUAG